UGAGCAUCAGGCUAUAGCAAUACUCUUGCGUUACACUGCUUUGUAUUGUCAAAUCAGAGACGGGAGACAACUGAUAAAGAGAUUAAGGGAACUUAUAUGUGCCAGUUUCUCCCAAGCAUGAGUGUCUGAUGGGGGUUCAAGCAAUGGAUUUGUGUUUUAAUGACAUUGUUAAACAGGGAUAUGUGUAUUUUCGCAGCAAGCAUUUAUGGGUAAGUGCAUGCUUUCAAACCAGCCUGAGACCAAUUUAAUCUAAAUCAAUGGACCCAGAGUAGAUGAACGCGCUGUCAACUCUUUUCUCAAUCAUUCUCUCGUAUGUCCAGAUCUAUCGGCGGUGCUGGCUUGUUCUAAGAAGAGGCUCCAGUAAAGGGGCAAAGCGAUUGGAGAGGUUCUCAAAUGAACAAGCGGCUAACUGCCAUUGUCACCACAAAGUAAGCAAUCAAAUUCAAAUACUGGAGUGGUACCACUGGCGUUUUCUUUGGAGAUUGUGUUGUUUUUUCCCCCAUGAUUAUCAAUGACAUCGAAAGUAGUGGUUAUUUUGUUGAUUUGUGAAAAUGAGAGUCAUUGCACACUCAAAUGUACCACAGGGUCUCGACAACAAACGAUAAGAGAUAUAGAUGUAGAAGUAUAAAGAGGAUUCGCUCACUGUUUGCUUGCUGUGAGGUUAAAUUGACAUAUAGCUUUGUAGCUUUAGAGAUGAAAUAACUAUGUUUCAACGACAGAGAUCCUAUUAAAAGUUUUAUAUGUAAUUCUAUAGUUUCAACAACCUGACAAAGACUGUGUUGGUAGAAGUGUUGUUAUUAUAUAAUGAAAGCUUUAUUAUUAAAGAACCCUUUUGGGAGCAACAAACAGGGCCAUUAUUGUGUCCAUUUGUCCUAUAUCUUUUCAGGUGACAGACCUCACAAAAAUAAGAAAUGUUACCAGACCCCCACGGGAUAAAAAGAAACACGCGGUGGUCCUGACUUUCAAUGACGACUCACCAAAGGCUUUUGCAUGUGAUUCAGGUGAGUUUGGGACACAUUAACUUAAUGUUGUAUUGAAUUGAACUGAAUUGAGUUGACUUGACUUGAGUUGACUUGAGCUGACAUUAACUAACUUAUUUUGUCAACAUAACUAACUACAAAUAUAUAUACAGUGGCUUGCGAAAGUAUUCACCCCCCUUGGCAUUCUUCCUAUUUUGUUGCCUUACAACCUGGAAUUAAAAUUGAUUUUUGGGGGGGUUUGUAUCAUUUGAUUUACACAACAUGCCUACCACUUUGAAGAUGUAAAAUAUAUUUUUUUGUGAAACAAACAAGAAAUAAGACAAAAAAACUGAAAACUUGAGCGUGCAUAACUAUUCACCCCCUCAAAGUCUAUACUUUGUAGAGCCACUUUUUGCAGGAAUUACAGCUGCAAGUCUCUUAGGGUAUGUCUCUAUAAGCUUGGCACAUCUAGCCACUGGGAUUUUUGCCCAUUCUUCAAGGCAAAACUGCUCCAGCUCCUUCAAGUUGGAUGGGUUCCGCUGGUGUACAGCAAUCUUUAAGUCAUACCACAGAUUCUCAAUUGGAUUGAGGUCUGGGCUUUGACUAGGCCAUUCCAAGACAUUUAAAUGUUUCCCCUUAAACCACUUCAGUGUUGCUUUAGCAGUAUGCUUAGGGUCAUUGUCCUGCUGGAAGAUGAACCUCCGUCCCAUUCUCAAAUCUCUGGAAGACUGAAACAGGUUUCUCUCAAGAAUUUCCCUGUGUUUAGCGCCAUCCAUCAUUCCUUCAAUUCUGACCAGUUUCCCAGACCCAGCCGAUGAAAAACAUCCCCACCGCAUGAUGCUGCCACCACCAUGCUUCACUAUGGGGAUGGUGUUCUCGGGUUGAAGAGAUGUAUUGGGUUUGCACCAGACAUGGCGUUUUCCUUGAUGGCCAAAAAGCUCAAUUUUAGUCUAAUGUGACCAGAGUACCUUCUUCCAUAUGUUUGGGGAGUCUCCCACAUGGUUUUGGCGAACACCAAACGUGUUUGCUUAUUUUUUUCUUUAAGCAAUGUUUUUUUUUCUUGCCACUCUUCCGUAAAGCCCAGCUCUGUGAAGUGUACGGCUUAAAGUGGUCCUAUGGACAGAUACUCCAAUCUCCACUGUGGAGCUUUGCAGCUCCUUCAGGGUUAUCUUUGGUCUCUUUGUUGCCUCUCUGAUUAAUGCCCUCCUUGCCUGGUCCGUGAGUUUUGGUGGGCGGCCCUCUCUUGGCAGGUUUGUUGUGGUGCCAUAUUCUUUCCAUUUUUUAAUAAUGGAUUAAAUGGUGCUCCGUGGGAUGUUCAAAGUUUCGGAUAUUUUCUUAUAACCCAACCCUGAUCUGUACUUCUCCACAACUUUGUCCCUGACCUGUUUGGAGAGCUCCUUGGUCUUCAUGGUGCCGCUUGUUUGGUGGUGCCCCUUGCUUAGUGGUGUUGCAGACUCUGGGGCCUUUCAGAACAGGUGUAUAUAUACUGAGAUCAUGUGACAUGGGACUUUAUUUAACUAAUUAUGUGACUUCUGAAGGUAAUUGGUCGCACCAGAUCUUAUUUAGGGGCUUCAUAGCAAAGGGGGUGAAUACAUAUGCACGCACCACUUUUCUGUUAUUUAUUUUUUUGAAUUUUUUGAAACACAUUAAUUUUUUCAUUUCACUUCACCAAUUGAGCACAUAAUCCAAAUAAAAAUCAAUUUAAAUUACAGGUUGUAAUGCAACAAAAUAGGAAAAACGGCAAGGGGGAUGAAUACUUUUGCAAGGCACUGUAUUUUUUUUUACAAGUAUAACACAUUCUAAAAGUGUUUCUUUCAACAACUCAUAACAGAGUUGGACGCCAAGGAAUGGUGCAAAGUGCUACGAAUGGAAUGUCUGGAGACCAGAAUGACUGACCUAACCUUGGAGGAGCCAGUCCUACUUAACAUGAACCUGCAUCGAGAUCACAGAGGUAUAGACCACAUUCGUAUAAUAUUCCAGUAAUGACACAAGCUACUAUACUGAUCAAAUGCUUUGAAUAACUGGGGUCGAAAAAUACGAGCAACAUGCUUUAAAGGCCCAAUCUGUCAUCUGAAAAAACAAUAAACCGACUACAUUUGGCGUGAUAGAAAGCUGAGGGAAGGGGCUCUAAAUAAAGGAAGCACUCUCACAUUCAUAGGAGCUAUAAAUAUUUAACCAUAUUUUGAAACUAUAGAUUACAUAAUAUAAGUAACAUUCUUCAAUUGUAUUAGUUUAAACUAGCAAAAUAAAUAUCACAGAUCACACCUUUUUCUCUGGUUUAUCAAUGUAUUCUGUUCUCUUUUCCAGAGCAGUUCCACGUAUUCAUGAAGCCGUCACAGUGUAUGGAUUUCAAUGGGGAAUGUAAUCUUCAGAUCACUUGUGACACUCUCUUGCUGUGGGACACCCAGAACCCUUGUCUCAAAAUCACAUCCUGGCCACUGCGGUCACUUCGCCGUUACGGUCGGGGUCAAAACUGGUUCACAUUCGAAGCUGGGAGGUGAGGAUCUGGGUAGAAAACCACUUGAUAAGAAUUGUACUAACCAAGGUAAUGUAUAUACAGUAUAACCAAGUCAAUAUAGUUUGUAGCUGUCUGGAUACUGUAUGUUGACUAAGAAUCAGAGCCAUACAUCAUACAUCUAAAUACGUAAGUGACCUCAUAGACCAAGAGGUGUGUCCAGUAUACCACUUGGGGGCAGGGUUGAUGCAGGGUUCAUACCCUGUCCUAGGACUCUUUGGGUGCGUCCCAAUAAUAUCUCCUUUCUCCUGAAGUGUGCACAUGGGCUAGUGGGAAUAGCCAUAUUUAUUAUACCAGUCAUUUCAUUUCUAAUCAUUGAAGAGAAUUGAUAAGUGCACUUUUAUUUAUUAUUAUUUUUAAUUUUUUUAGGGGGUAUAUCGGCUUUAAUAUUGCAGAUAGAUUGUAACUUCCAUCAAUGUAAUUGUCUGCAUCACUUCCAAUCCCCCAUAUGUUUUUUUUUUCUUCUUUUUUUCUCGCAUAUAUAUAUAUAUAUAUAUAUAUAUAUAUACACAUACAUACAUACAUACACAUACAUACAUACAUACACAUACAUACAUAUAUACACAUACAUACAUACAUACAUACAUACAUACACAUACAUACAUACAUACACAUACAUACAUACAUAUAUGCAUAUACAUACAUAUAUAUAUACAUACAUAUCCUUUAAAAAUAUAUAUAUUUCCCUUUAUUACUUUCCAACCCCACCAUCCCUUCCCUAAUUGGAGUAAACUAGUGAACAACAAUGCUUACGCCUCAACUUCAUUCUUAUACAUACUAUAUACAUUUUAACUGCAUUCUUUGGGAGGAAGGAGAGAUAAUUUGGACAAAGCCCUAACCUCCAUUCCAAUGGACUUCCCUCCAUUCACCCUGCUCUACUCCAUUACCAGUGAUCACUGCUCUGAAACGGCUGAUCUGAAACAGCUGAUCUGAAACGGCUGAUCUGAAACAGCUGAUCUGAAACGGCUGCUCUGAAACGGCUGAUCUGAAACAGCUGAUCUGAAACGGCUGAUCUGAAAUGGCUGAUCUGAAACGGCUGAUCUGAAAUGGCUGAUCUGAAACGGCUGAUCUGAAACGGCUGAUCUGAAACGGCUGAUCUGAAACGGCUGAUCUGAAACAGCUGCUCUGAAACGGCUGAUCUGAAACGGCUGCUCUGAAACGGCUGAUCUGAAACGGCUGAUCUGAAACAGCUGAUCUGAAACGGCUGCUCUGAAACGGCUGAUCUGAAACGGCUGAUCUGAAAUGGCUGAUCUGAAACGGCUGAUCUGAAAUGGCUGAUCUGAAACAGCUGAUCUGAAAUGGCUGAUCUGAAACGGCUGAUCUGAAACGGCUGAUCUGAAAUGGCUGAUCUGAAACAGCUGAUCUGAAACAGCUGAUCUGAAACAGCUGAUCUGAAACGGCUGAUCUGAAAUGGCUUAAUAGGUGAAAGUAAGACGGUUGAUACCUAUCCAGUCCUUUGACCAGUCAGAAGUCCUCAAGGGAAAGUGACAGGGAGUUAUCUAAGAUUAUGAAACACCUUUGGGUUACACUAAAUAAUAUCUUUAGUCAAUAAGCGAUUGUAUGCUUUAUAAAUUAUAAUAAAUGUUAUAAAUGCUUAUGGAUUGUAAUGCUUAGAAAUGUUUACAAAUAAUGUAAUAAUCAUGUAUUAUCAGUAUAGUAUUUAUCAAUGUUGGCUCAUGCUUAUUUAUCAUAGUUAUUUGAAAGUGUAAGUGACUAUUGGGAGUCUGUACCAAAUACAUUUUUCAUAGGACAUUCACAGAAUUAACGGUCAAAUGUAUUUUCCACAGGAUGUGUGACACUGGAGAGGGACUCUUCACUUUUCAGACACUACAGGGAGAGCUGAUCUAUCAUAGAGUGAAUGCAGCGGUGUUAGCCACUGUGGAGCAAGAGGACUGGCUAUGCUGUGUACGUUAACCACUUUCCCAUCACACCUGGGUUCAAAUGCUAUUUGAAGUCUUUAAAAUACUUUCAGCCAGGUGGGCGGGGUUUGCACUUUUGGGACUUUUGUAAUGUUGGCUCCAUUGCAACAGGCAAAACUCUAUCAAGCACAGCUAAAGUAUUUGAACCCAGGUCUGAUUCACAUACAGUCUUAUUGUGCCUGUACACAACACUGCCCAGUUUAAUUUCUGUAAUCUCCCCAUAAUAAUGCAGUCAAGCAUGACACAAUCAAGACAAAUCUCCUCUAGGCCCAGGGACGGAUUAUUGAAUGGGUACUCAGGGCAAGUGCCCCGUGGCCCCCGACCUCCAGGGGGGCCCCAACCCUGGAGGGUUGGAAGUCGGGGGGCCCCCAGAUAGCAGAUGAUAGCAAAAUGUGUAAAAUUGCAGGAAAUUAGCUUUAAAACUGCACAAUGUUCUCUUGUGUAGAAUAGCAUUAUAAAACUGCACAGUUUUCUCUCUGCACCAUGGCAAAAUGUGUAGAAUAGCAUUAUAAAACUGCACAGUUCUCUCUGCACCAUGGCAAAACAAACAGAAAAAAUCUAAAAAAAAUAAAGACAUGUGUUUUUGCCCAGGGGUCCCAAAUGCUGUAAUCCGACCCUGUCUAGGCCCAUAUUCAAAAUGUGUCUCAGAGUAUACUGCACAGGAGUGCUGACCUUGGAUCAGUUUUGACUGUUAGAUGUUUUCAUAAUUCAUCAGAUUAUGGACAGGGGGGCUGAUCCUUGAUCACACUCGUACUCUGAGACACUUGUGAAAUGAGAUAGAACUUGAGCCCAACUCUGCCACCUACUGCUUAUCCAUGUGUAUUAAAACAUUACGUAUCAGCAGUCAUUGUGCAUUCUCACUUCCAUUGUCUUUUUUUGUUUGUUAAUGCACCUUCAAUCGAAUGACCCUUAAAAUGUGUUUCAUCUCCAUUUAGGAUGCGAGGAAGUAAGGCUCAGAGAGGAGAACCAGAGAGUCUACAAGACCUUGGUCUCUGUGCUGACACUGCUGACGGUCCAGUCACAAUCCUUGAUCCCAUUUGGAAUCAGAUUAAAUAUAUUCACUGUAUAUCAGUUUGAUGGUCAUAGUUGUUUUUUUGAAAACAAUGUUCAGAUAUGAAGGAAUUACAUAAACACAAAGGCCUACAUAUUUAUGUACUGGAAUCCUUCAGUAUAUUUUCAGUUAAAACUAUCGAAGUUAUCAAUUUUUGUCUGCUUUUUGCAUUUUGAUAGUUUGUGUGAAUAUUAGUUUUUGCUUUUAAUAGUACAGGUAACUGCCAAAAUAAA